AUGUGUCAAACCGGCCGCGAUCAGCCUUGCACGGAGAGCCCAACCGGGACCCAUCACUUCGAGCGACUCACGGAUAAGCACCCACACAGCCUCAUCUUCGGAUGGAGCUGUGGCCACUGCCGCAAAGGGCUCUGCUUUACGGAGCAGAAGUGCCAGGAUCGCUGGGAGAGUAUGUGGGCCCAAAACAACGGCGCUUCAAACGCAGAGGGACCUGUCCCGACAACUUUUCAAGGACACACCGAAUGUGAGUCGCCCGGCCCUUCCACUGCCAUGAUGCUCAUGUCGCCAGCGGACAACUCGAUGAUGCGGACGAAUCCAAGGCAGCCCCCUUUCCCAAUGGGCACGCCGAGCGGGCAGCUUGAGUCCAUGACCCGCCAGCCACCUGCGAACUCCCUUCCCGCGACUGCUCCGUCGCAGCGCCCGCUUGAGCUACAAGAACCGCAGAUGGCGCCUACGUUCUGGCGGCCCAACCGAAAGGACUUCUUCACGCUCAUGCCGAGCCCGCCGCAGAUGCAGCACGCACGUGUGCCGCCUAUCGCUCAAGAGGGACUCUUCCGGAUGCCAAACUCCAUGGGUCACCCGGUACCGGUAUCGCGCGGCUCGCAGGAGCAGCCCGCUCCUGCGGAGCAUGCUCCGCCGCGCCCGCCACCUGUGCGUGCUCCACAGCGCGCUUCUGCAACGCACGAGCCGAAGGGACAGCCUAUGUCUGCGCAUCACGCCCCACGUGGUCAACCCAUGUCCAACGUUCAAGUUGUGCAGAGUCAGCGCCCUCCUGUCGUGCCCGGAUCUCAGCACAGGCGGAUGGGAGACCAGUCGCGGUUGCAGGCGCACGCGCCACCGCAGCCCCAGUCCAGGAGGACUCAACCUCAGGCGAUGUACAAGGAGCCUGCGAUACCUGGGCCCCCAGCGAUACAUCCAUCACAGGCAAUACACGGGUGGCAGGCCGCCCGCCAGCCGCCGCCCCAUGCAAUGCAUGAGUGGCACGCGACCAAUCAGCCACAUAUCAAGCCCCCGUCGCCGGCCCUCCAUCCUCCGCAGGUUCCCUGUCCCCCGCACGCUCUUCGUCUCCCGCACGCUCUUCAUCCCUCGCAGGUUCCCCAUCGUCCCCAGGAUCUCCAUUUCCCGCACGCUGUCCAUCCUGGCCAGGAUUUCUAUCCCCCGCACGUUGUCAAUCCCCCGCGAGGUUUCCCUCCUCCGCAGGUUAUUCACCCGUCCCACCCGUCACACGCCACACACCCAUCCCUUCCCCCUGCGCACGCCGUGCAUCACUACCACGCGGACCAUCAUUAUCAGCCCGUCCUCUACCCUUACACGACGGGCGAUGCGGUUUCCGUGAACUGGUCGGAAACACUGGAUCGCGGUCAAGGACUGUCUCAGAGAGACGUGAUGCGGUGGAGGCAAGAAGUAUACAACGUGGGCGGGGGACAGGCCUUCGUGGAUGGCAGUUCGGAAGCAGACUCGAUGCUCCAGACGCCCGAAACGCAAGACAUGUCUAUCCAGAGGCCGAUAUCCCAAGACCAAGAGACGCAGGGCCACAACGUCCUGACACAACACAGGUUUGGUAACCCCCCUUCGGCGACGCUCAAGCGGCAGAAUUCCAAGUCCGCGACCCCCGAAGGCCCGGCCCUGACCGUCUACCAACAACCCAUGAAGAAAGAAGCUCGCCCGACCGCGACACACGAGUCAAACACAUUCACGUCCGGGACUCAUCAGUCGCACCCGCCCUUGCACGUACAGCAAAAGCCACAGGCAUCUCCCGUCUCCACGAAGAGCAAAAAUCAGAAUCAGAGAAAGGUGAAGGUAGAGCACGAAGAGAAGUGGAAGGGCAAGGGCAAAGCCAAGCAGAAGACCGAUCUUCCACCCGGGACUAACUUGUCGCAAGACAGCUCGGCCCCUGGGCGAACGCAGAGGCCGCCCACUCCAGCGACGCACACGACGCAGGUGGGUCUGGUGCCUAUGCGCCGCAUCGAGCAGCCCAAGCCCAUCAAGUACGAGGAGAGUUUCAUAGACACGGGCAUGUGGUGA